AUGUCGCGCCGGCGCCUUAGGCCUUAUUUCCAAGGGCAUCAGGUGGUCGUCCGGACGGAUUACCCGAUUGCCAAAAUUUUGCGGAAGCCGGAUUUGGCGAGGAGAAUGAUAAGUUGGUCAGUGGAGUUGUCGGAGUUCGGGUUAAAGUUCAAGCCUAGGGGGUCCGUUCGAGGACAACAUCUUGCGGAUUUUGCUAGUGAGUUGUCAAGUGAACCAGAGGUGUAUUGGUGGCAGCUGUCUGUUGACGGAUCCUCUAACAAGCGCGGGGGAGGAGCGGGGAUAGUGUUGGAGGGACCGAACGGGAUCUUGGUAGAACAGUCAUUGGUCUUCCAGUUUAAGGUAAGUAACAAUCAGGCGGAAUAUGAAGCCUUGAUAGCAGGAUUGGAGCUGGCUCGGGAUUUAGGGGCAAGUUGUUUAGAAUGCCAAACUGAUUCGCAGUUGGUAGAAGGGCAGGUGAAGGGCGCUUUUCAAUUAAAGGACGACCAACUCAUGCAGUAUUUCAAUAAGCUGAAGAAGUUAGAAGCAACCUUUGCACACUUUCAGUUACAAUAUGUGCCCCGAUCGGAAAAUGGUAGAGCAGACAGGUUGGCGAAGUUGGCAAGCGGGAAUGUAAGGGGGGAUUGUCAACAGCAAUCAGGCAGGGAAUGGGGCAUAACUCCGGUCACUAUCUCUGUCGAACACCCGCAGACGAACGGGCAGGCCGAGGCCAUAAAUAAGAUUAUUGUUAAUGAGUUGAAGAAGAGGUUGAGGGAAGCAAAAGGCACUUGGGUGGAGGAGUUACCUCAGGUAUUAUGGGGUUAUCGCUGUUCGCCGCAUGGAGCAACGGGGGAGUCACCAUUUACUUUGACAUAUGGGACGGAUGCUAUGUUACAGGUCGAGAUGGGGGAGGUUACUUUGCGAAGGAAUAUGGGGGAUAUGAGUCUAAAUGAUGACAGGUUGAGGGAAAAUUUGGACGUACUUCAAGAAAGGAGAGAAGUGGCAGCCGUUCGGGUUGAGGCGCAGAAAAGGGGACUUGGUCUGGAGGAAGGUGGGAGUGGCCAGGAAAGAGGGGAAUCAUGGAAAGCUGACGGCGAAUUGGGAGGGACCGUUCAGGGUCUGGGAGAGCUUGAACAAUGGAGUAUAUCGCUUGAAGCAUCUGGAUGGAAAACCGAUCUCUAA